GUCACUAUUCUAUUUGUCAAAAAGUUGGCUCCACUAAUGAAUGAAUACACACGUGUAUUUUUUCCGCUUGUAAUAAAGUAACUUUAUUGUGAAAUUAUUGUCCUUAAUUUUUCAUUAAAAGUUUAAGUACAUAUAUGAAGUUAGCCUAAAAUGUCUUCGUGGAAGAAAGCCGCGAAGGCUAAUCAAAAAACGCAUAAAGAGCGUCAUCAACCAGAGGCCCGAAAACAUUUGGGUUUAUUGGAAAAGAAGAAGGACUAUAAGAAGCGGGCGGACGACUACCAUGAAAAGGGAGAGACCCUCAAGAUAUUACGCAAACGUACACUCGACAAAAAUCGUGAUGAGUUCUACUUUCAUAUGGUCAACUCCAGGGUGAAAGAUGGUGUGCACCACGAGAUCACAAAAGAAGUAGAAGACACCCCGGAGCAACUGAAGCUGAUGCAUUCGCAAGACAUCAAGUAUGUCAACAUGAAGCGCAUUAUAGAGAGCAGGCGCAUCAACAGGUUGCAGUCCGAACUCCACAUGACAGAUGUAGCAGACUCAACACCAAAUACACAUAUUUUCUUUGUUGAUGAAGGGGAAGAAAAGGACUUUGACUUGGCCAAGAGGCUGGACACACAUCCAAAAUUGCUUGGCAGGAAGUCCAACAGACCAAGACUUUCUGAUUUAGAUAAAAUGAAGCUACCUGAUGUUGAUAAGAACACAAUAGCAGAAAUGAAGAAGAAGAAAAAAAGGAUAUACAAAGAAAUAGCAAGGAGAAUUGAGAGGGAGAAGGAGUUGACAGUCAUACAGCAGAAGUUGGAGAUGAAGCGCCAUCUACAGGAUGCUAAAGUGCUUAAACCAAAACGUAUCAAAAAAGGCUCUAAAAACUCUGCACCAGUGUAUGAAUUUCCAUAUGUGAGGAAGAAAUAAAUACUUUAAAAUUGUAA